UCUCUUUGAAGAAGACCGAAGAAAACCAGAGAAGAAGGAGAAGAAAUUCAAUUUCGAUGGCGAGCAUAUCAGCGUCAGGAGUUAGUCUCUCAUGGAUCUCUCAGUUACCCUCUUCAUCAUCAUCAGCAUCAGCAUCUUCUUCUUCAUCUUCUUGGCCUUCUCAUCGACGUGGAGCUACUCAAAUCAAAAUGACAGUUUCAGUAGAGAAGAAAAAGUUCACUACACAGAAAUCAGAAGAGAUUUUCAAUGCUGCUAAGGAUUUGAUGCCUGGUGGUGUAAAUUCCCCAGUCCGUGCCUUCAAAUCAGUUGGUGGACAACCAAUUAUAAUCGACUCUGUGAAGGGUUCACGUAUGUGGGAUGUAGAUGGAAAUGAGUACAUCGAUUAUGUUGGUUCAUGGGGUCCUGCAAUCAUUGGUCAUGCUGAUGAUGAGGUGAUUGCUGCUUUAACUGAGACAAUGAAGAAAGGAACAAGCUUUGGUGCUCCAUGUGUUCUAGAGAAUGUGUUAGCAGAGAUGGUGAUUUCUGCUGUUCCAAGUAUUGAGAUGGUUCGCUUUGUCAAUUCAGGAACAGAAGCCUGUAUGGGUGUACUACGAUUGGCUCGAGCAUUCACUGGUUGCCAAAAGAUAAUUAAGUUUGAGGGUUGCUAUCAUGGACAUGCUGACCCCUUCCUCGUCAAGGCUGGUAGUGGUGUUGCAACUCUAGGGCUUCCUGACUCACCAGGUGUUCCUAAAGCUGCCACCUCUGAUACUCUUACCUCUCCUUACAAUGAUAUCGAGACCGUGAAAGAACUGUUUGCAGCGAACAAAGGAGAGAUUGCUGCUGUGAUCCUUGAAGCUGUUGUUGGAAACUCUGGAUACAUAGAACCAAAACCUGAGUUCCUAAAUUCUCUUCGUCAAAUUACCAAAGAAAAUGAUGCUCUUCUCAUCUUCGACGAAGUUAUGACUGGAUUCCGUCUGUCUUAUGGUGGAGCUCAAGAAUAUUUUGGUAUAACGCCUGAUUUAACAACACUUGGGAAGAUCAUUGGUGGUGGCUUGCCUGUAGGUGCUUAUGGUGGGAGAAGGGAAAUCAUGGAAAUGGUUGCUCCUGCAGGACCCAUGUACCAAGCUGGUACUUUGAGUGGGAACCCUUUGGCAAUGACAGCAGGUAUUCACACACUUAAGCGGCUGCAGGAACCUGGAACAUACCAGUACUUGGAUAAGAUCACCGGAGAGCUUACCCAGGGGAUUUUAGAUGCUGGAAAGAGAGCUGGGCAUGAGAUGUGUGGUGGAUAUAUUAGGGGAAUGUUUGGGUUCUUCUUCACAGGAGGACCAGUUUACAGCUUUGAGGAUGCAAAGAAGAGUGACACUGCCAAGUUCGCCAAGUUUCACAGGGGAAUGUUGGAGGAAGGUGUGUAUUUGGCACCAUCACAGUUUGAAGCUGGGUUUACAGGUUUGGCACAUACUUCUGAAGACAUCCAACAGACAAUAGCAGCAGCCGAGAAAGUCUUGCGGCAGAUUUAAACGGUCAAUAAUUAGUCUCAUCUCUGUUUCUUUUCUUUUUGAGCUAAUUUUGAGAUUUUUUUUAUGUUAGUGCAUGACUGAAAUGUUUCUUUGAGCACUUUCCAUUAGGAGACUUUUGCGAAAUUCAGAAUGUAAACUUUUUUGUAAGUUGAAAAAAAAAACUAAAUGUGUUACCAUUGCUUAGAUAAGACUGCUACGCAUCAAUAAAUAUUCGGAAA